GAGCAUAUAUUUUGUUUCAGUCCCGUUUCCCUCCAUGGUUUCUCCUCUCUCCGACUAACUUAGCGUUUGGCUCAGUUCAUUAUACAGUCCUAUAUUUCUCCCUCCAUUAAGGGCAUCUCUUUUGCCUUUGGACUGAAGAUCCCAGCAAAACCCAAGAGAGAAGAAAAGUUUUCACUUUCAUAGGAGGCAAAGAUGGACAUGAAAAAGAGGAUCCACUUGGAGCUAAGAAACAGGACACCGUCUGAUGUACGAGAACUUGUCCUCGACAAUUGUCGAUCAGUUGAAGGAAAAAUUGAAGGCCUCACAGAUGAGUUUGUCAACCUGGAGUUCCUCAGUUUGAUAAAUGUCGGCUUAAUGUCAGUCUCCAACCUGCCUAAACUAGGAAAACUCAAAAAGCUGGAGUUGAGUGACAACAGAAUCAGCGGCGGCCUUGAUGUUUUAGCAGAGAAACUACCCAACCUCACACAUCUAAACCUGAGUGGAAACAAAUUGAAAGACAUCAGCACAUUGGAACCAUUGAAAAAGCUGGAUAAGCUGAAGAGUUUGGACCUGUUCAACUGUGAAGUGACAAACCUGAAUGACUACAGAGAGAGUGUGUUCAAGCUGCUGCCACAGCUCACCUACCUGGAUGGCUAUGACAUGGAGGACAGGGAAGCCUCCGACUCUGAAGGAGAGGUGGACGGAGACGGCAUAGAGGACGAUGAAGAUGAAGAGGGAGAGGAGGAAGAUGAGGAUGGAGAGGAGGAGGACUUUGACGAGGAAGAGGACGACGAGGACGACGAAGAGGAGGUAGAAGGAGAAGAGGAUGAUGAUGAGGUCAGCGGAGAAGAUGAGGAUGGGGAAGAAGUUGCUCAGGAUGGGGAAGCGGAUGGGGAAGCGGAUGAAGAAGAUGACGAUGAAGAUGACGAUGAAGACGAAGCAGAAGCUGGCAAAGGCGAGAAGAGAAAGCGAGACCCAGAGGAUGAGGACGACGAUGACGACGAUGAAGACGAUGAUUAAGAGCAAAACUGAAAACGAGAGCCUACCGAGUUACCCUUCCUCCCCCACAAACCCGAACGUCCGCCCUCCUACAACUCGCACCGCCUUUGUAAUCCAUGUCUACCCCUCCCAAACCCCCCCAGCUCUGAGCUCUUUUUAUGGGGCAAGACUGUACCGGAUGGGUGGGCCGAGUGGAGCUGCCGCCCCCUUUUUUUCUCCCCCUUUCCCUCCCCAUGGAACUGAGAGCCACCCAACACCCUCCACCUCACCCACCCCACGGCCCCGAGGUUCUCAGGCAGCCCAGCACUCAGCAUUCCACAAUUUCACUGUCGAUCCCUCUUUAUGUAUUCCCGUGUGAGGACUUUGGGACUGGUAUCUAGUUUUGGGUCUGUGCUUUUAAUAUUUUGUUGGAUGAAUUAUUUUUUGUUGUUGGGUUUAUUAUUUCUCAUUUUUUUGUCUUUUUUUUUUUUUUUUUUUUCUGUUCCUUAUUUUUCCCAAUAAAAUUAUUGCUAUAGCAGCUGUGCAACCAGCGAGCCAUGAUUUUUAGUGUGGCCGCCUGUUGCACAAAUCAAGGUUGUAGCUACAUUUUUACUUUCUGUAUGACAAAAAAACAACUUUGUAAAUAAAAUGUUAACAUUU